CAUUCAGCUACGGGUAGAAGCACACUUUUAUAACGCCGUUCUAAAUCACAAUCGUUUAGUCUUAUAAAUUUCUAUGCGAAACGGCAGUUUCCGACGUGGGGUGAAUUCUGUAGCACCUUUGGUCUAUACUAUAGCACGGGGUUUUACUAUUGUAUCGUACAUGAAACAAUGUACGUCAGCAAGAAGUAACACCUGCAUAAGGAGCAUGAGGUUGGCAGCAGACGGACGGACGAGCGUCUGAAAGGCACCUGCUGCAGACACGCCGACGCAGCGAUGUCUGGCUGGCUGGUUGACGGGGAGGUGUUUGUGGGGGAGGCCCGAGGUGAGAUGUCCCCAUGUAGCCCCAGGCUGCGGGCGUCUGCGCACCCCAGGGUGGGUCGCGGCCGGAGAGACGCGGUACCACUCAGCCCCUUGGAGGAGGCGCGGACGUCAGGAACGCUGCAGCAGGAAGUGCUGGGGAAGGCGACGGAGCUCUUCCUUCUCUGUGAUAAGGAAAGAAAGGGGUUAAUCACCAAAAGAGACAUGCUGCGGUUGCAGGGAGAGCUUCCCCUGACUCCUGAGCAGCUGGAGUCUGUUUUUGAGAGCCUGGACCGGGAAAGAAAUGGCUUCCUGACACCUGUAGAAUUCCGGAAGGGCCUGGGGGAGUUGGUGAGGGAACCCGAAGCAGAGGUGGAGGAGGAGGUGGGAGUGCAGAGAGUACAGAGGGUGGACCCAGAUGAGCAGAGAUUCACCCAGACCCUGCUGGAGCUGGGAGUGGAAACUCUGCUGAAAGAUGAUCAGUGGGAGGUGCAUGUCCUGUGGUGUAGCCUCCGACGGGAUCAUCCUGAGCUGCUCUGUGUCCUGGAGGAGCUCCUGUCCCAUGCUGUGUCUCAGAUGAGGGAUGCGCUGAAAGAAAGGGACAGCUUAGAGCAUGCUCUGCGCAGACGGGAGCUGGAUCAUGACCAGGUGGUACGCUCCAUAUAUGAAGAAAUGGAGAACCAGGUCAGAGAGGAGAAAGAGAAGCGACACGCUCAGAACAGCGUGAGGGAGAGUGACCGCUGCCAGCAGCUGCAGGAGCAGCUGAGGAUGCGAGAGCAGGAACUGGAGCUUGCAGCUGCUAAACAGAAAGAGCUGGAAGACAUGGUGCGGAUGCUGAGCUCUGAACAGAUGGACACACGGGAGCAGAACCAGAAGGUCCAGUACCUCAACCAGCAGCUGCAGGAACAGCUGGAUUCCAGCAGGGCGGAGCUAGAGGUUGUGAUGGACCAACUCCAGCAGCUCCAGAGCACCUCCAUCCAUGAGCAGAAGGGUCGUGAGAGGGAUGUGCUUAAGGUGUCCAAAAACAUGCAGAAAGAGCGGGAAAGCCUGAUGAGACAGCUGGAACUGCUUCGGGACAUGAACAAGAGGUUGCGUGACGAGAAGGAUGUCCAUCAGUCUCACAGAGGUGUCUCUUACAGAAGCUCUUUCCACACGCUGGCCCCGCUCCCCCAGUGCAGCUGGGAAAAUGGGCACCCCCUCUGGCUACACGCCUCCCCCCCCUACUGGCCGUAUCCGCCAGCGAUGAAAUAGAGGACCAUUUCAUUCUCGAGGCUGUGAAGCAGUGCUCCACUGUGUGAAAACUGUUUCCUUGCUGUCAGAAUUUGGUCCGCAGUCAGACAAUAGGGUUAGUGAAUCACGAUGAGCAACGGCAGGUAAAAACAAAUAUGCAAUUUUUCUUGACACAGGAUACAGCCAUUUCCAAAAUAUUUAUAAAGCUAGAAGUAUAUUAAAAGCAAUAAUAAUAGAGCUAAUGAUGAUAUUUUUGUAAUUUUUUUUUUUUGCUGGAAAGGACUGGUUAGUCUUUUAGGGAAGUUAAUGUCACUUGUUACAGGACUGAAAUUUCCUAUUUAAAAAAAUGUUAACUGAACUGAUUGAAGACUAUCAAGCUAAAAAUCAAUCCAGUGAAAACCCACAGGUCAGGUGAACCAGCUUGCCGGGUUUUACUUGGUUCUGGUCCACUCGAAGUACUGUUUCUUCCUCGUUAUUAAACACAUGCAAUGUAAUCAGUGUCUGCGGGCGAUUGUGGUUAAAACUUAAAGGCGUGUCUAUUCUAUGCCAGUCUGCAUCGCUCAAUGUCUGUUUUUGACCAGGCUCAGCUGUCAGAUAUGAAAUAUGAUUAAUGUGAAUUUUAUGGACUUCAAAGGGUAAGGAGGGUUUUUCCAUAUUUUAAUGGCCUGAAAAUGACACCCCCCCCCCCCCCCCCCCCCCCGUUUAACUUUAGGGUUCUUUGUGUAUCAGCUUCCCAGAAUGUGUCCAAGGAUGUAAUCUGUAACCCAAAGUCUGCUCAUGCAGGGGGAAAAAAAUUGAAAUGUGAAACGUUUCUGGAAUGUAUGUAGCUCAGCCUUAAACGGUGCCUAUUACACCGUUCUUCACGUCAAGGCUCUGUAGUCAGGCUAUACUGGGUACGUCUCUGACUGGUAUCACCUAUCAAGCAGUCAUCUUGCUGGAUUUCUUAUACCUCAAUGUGCUCGCAGAGGCUGGAAAUGUGUGAAUGCUCUGAAUUAAAUGAGCUGUUGGAAUCGGUGAGUUUUUCCAUGUCUUUCAACUUCUGUAAGGUUCCACUGUAAACUUCAAAGUGCCGCUGGUUCUCUCUUCCAGCCCUCUUUGUUUAUUCCUUGUUCAGUGAAUCUAAACCUAGUCCCCGAGAAUCACUGCUCAUUUUUGUUGACAGUGUGAAUUUCUGACAAAGGGUUUAUUUUUUGUUAUUGUGGAUGAUUGUUUCAAUGAUUGUCAUUGUUAAGAAUUGAUUUGACCUUGAGUCUUCAUUUCAUUAGAACAAAGCAGAGCUGAGAGCAAAGGCGAGAUUCCUACCCCUGGCUCUGGUUCGUUUUGAUUCUUUCCUGGGAUUUCUGAAGUGCUUACUGAGGUCAACUGAUGUACAACCGAAGACUGUUCCAAUGAUCUAUGCAAGCUUGAGGUUGCAGAAUCUGUCCAUAUUUGAAUGUACAUGCAUAUGUAUGUUGUUCAAUGUGAUUGUAUUUUUAUUUCACUGUGUACAGAAGUUCAAGUCCAAAAGUGUGUUUGUAAUUGUAUGCUUGGUUUGUGCUCAAAUGGAGCAGAUUUGUCGUUUUAAUGUUUGGUGUUUAAGUGUCAUUUAUAAAGCCAUAUUGUGUUGUGGAGGCUUUAUUAUAACUGAAUAAAUAGCCUGGACUGAUUGUGAA